UGAAGAAUUCCUCAAUGUUAGACUAGGGUGGAGCUCUAACCACACCUAAAGAUAGCAGUCGCCUUAAAAGUGGCUGUUAUUCCUCAAUUGAUGACAUGUUUAUUAUGUUACUUACACCAUCAGACUGAGGGGGACUACUGCACAAUACACAAUAUCCUUGUCAGAUGAUACGCAAAUCCCACCAGGGUGACAGCUUCUGAGUUCUGACUGUACGUACCUAUCACCAUUAAUCCACUCCGGGUCACUUAGAAUUUCUGUAACCAUUGCAACUGAUCGCCGGUCAUGGAGCCGGCUUGAUUCUGGAAGUGAAAAUGUUGCUGACAUCGCAUCCGAUAUCGAUCUUGGAGUUGCAAGUUUCUCCCCAAUCCAUCGACUUCUAACCAGCUCUACUACGUCACCCCGAUAUCCGUGGCAUGGCAGGGCAAAACCAACAGGAUGUCCCGGAAGGGGUGUUCUCCAUUUUGGAUACGGAUCUCUAUAAGCUCACGAUGCAAGCAUGCAUCCUGAGGUACUUUCCGGAUAUAGAGGCGACGUACCACCUGACCAAUAGAACCCCGAAUAUGAAAUUGAGCCGCACCGCCGUCCAAUGGUUACAGAAGCAGAUCGAUCGUCUGGCGAACAUCCGUCUCACGCCAGACGAGUUCCAGUUCCUGGGUGCGACGUGCCCGUACCUCAACCAAGCCUAUCUGGCAUAUCUGGAACAGUUCCAGUUCAAACCCAGCGAGCAAGUGUCACUGAAAUUUCACGCGGAGAGUUCCGAGGGCGAUGAAGAGCUCGGUGGCAUCGAGUUAAAAAUCUCGGGGCGCUGGAUCGAAACCAUCCUCUACGAAAUCCCACUCCUCGCACUGGUCAGCGAGGCAUACUUCAAGUUCCGCGACCGCGACUGGAACUAUGAUGGCCAAGUCGAGAAAGCCAAAGAGAAGGGCACGCAGCUGUUAAAAGCCGGGUGCCGAUUCUCGGAAUUCGGAAGCAGGCGGCGGCGGAACUAUCACGCGCAGAAGUUGGUCCUACAGGGCAUGAUCGAGGCGAAGAACGAUGGCGAAAAUAACGGCUGGCCAGGCCAAUUGACCGGGACCAGCAACGUCCACUUCGCCAUGUCGAUGGGACUGCAGCCGGUCGGCACCGUGGCCCACGAAUGGUUCAUGGGAAUCGCGGCGGCGACGAACGACUAUGAGAAUGCCAACGAAAUCGGUCUGCGUUGUUGGAUCAAUACAUUCGGUGAAGGGGUUCUCGCGGUCAUGCUGACGGACACCUUUGGCACACCUGCAUUUCUCAAAGCGUUUCGGAAGAAAAUCCGGCCAGCCGAUAUGUUUGACCAUCGUCUGGCCGGUCUGCCGCAACGCCGUGGGAGUAUGACCGAUGCGCAAGCAUCGGAACUGCACGGUCUAUACGAGCGGAUUGAGCAGAGCACGGCCGGUACCGAGAAGACAUUCGCUCAGGCGUAUACCGGCGUCCGGCAAGACUCGGGAGAUCCAUUGGAGUUCAUUCAGUCGAUGCGAAAAUUCUAUGAUCAGGAAGGGAUUACCGAUCAGAAAAGCAUUGUCUUUUCUGACUCUCUAACCACGGAUCUGUGCCUUAAAUACAAGGCCGCAGCCGAGGCCAGCGGCUUCCAGCCAAGCUUUGGAGUCGGGACAUUCUUCACGAACGACUUCGUGAGCACGACCACCGGGCACAAGUCCACUCCCAUGAACAUUGUCAUCAAGAUAUCUUCGGCCUCGGGCAACCCGGCGAUUAAGAUCAGUGAUAAUAUCGGGAAGAACACGGGGGACAGUGAAACGGUCAAAGAGGUGAAGCGCCGCUUGGGGUAUGUCGAGCAUGAAUGGGUAGGCGGGGACGAGAGCGCUCGAUGGGGGAAGUAGGUGUGGUCCGAGAGAAGCGUUGGGCUCCAUUUUUCAUUGAAUGUUUUAUAUAGACUCUGAGACUGCGACGCAGCAUCGAAGAAGAAGGGUGGCGUAAGAGCGCACCAGACCUUGGAUUGGCAUAUCGACUGCCCAGGACGACUAUUAUAAUGCGUCCAAAGGCCCUAAACGGCAAUUAUGUAUAUGACAAUACAGAUUCUACCCAGGUUCCUCUGUUGGUCGCUGUUGGAAUCCUAAUUAAUUUACUGCAUGAACAGUGUCUUUGGCGUAUCAAAGUGCGUCUCUUGUAAGCACUCCAACAACGUGGCGUAUCUUAUGAUUUUAAGGCGUUCUAUGGAAUACUCAGC